AUGGUCAACUGUGUCCGGUUCUCGCCAACAGGGGGUCUCCUAGCAACGGCGGGCGACGGUGGCGAGGUCUUCCUUUGGAAGCCUUCAGCAGGGGGUCAUGCAGCCUUCGGCGCUGACCCCGGCGCAGCUGACCCUGGCUGGAAGCUCUCAGUAUCUCUGAGGGGAGGCCAUGCAGACGAUGUCCUCGAUCUGGCCUGGGCACCGGACUCUUCGGCCCUGCUCUCUGGCUCGAUCGAGAACGUGUGCGUUGUGUGGGAUGUGGAGAAGGGCAAGGGACAGGGGCGCCUGACAGAGCACUGUCACUAUGUCCAGGGCGUUGCUUGGGACCCUGCUCGCACCUAUUUGGUGUCCCAAUCCGCAGAUCGCACCUGCAGGCAAGUUCUCUUCAUUGGGGUGUAUGGGCCGAGAGUUGCUGCGCUCGGGAAGAAGGGAAAAGGCGCGCAGAGCAGCCUGGCUCUUGCCAAGGACUACCUGUGCCAGAGCAUCAUCAGCAAACGCAAGCUGCCCAGUGGCGUGAGUGAGGGGAAGCCCGACAAGGUCCCCAUGUUCCACGAUGAGAACAUGGGUUUCUUCAGGCGCCUUGCAUGGUCUCCAGAAGGUUCCAUGCUUGUGCUUCCUGGUGGCCUCCACAAGGCAUCAGCUGACGACGACGGCGUCGAUGCCGCGUAUGUCUACGCUCGUGGAAAGUGGAAUGCACCUGUGCUCAUCUUCCCAGCCACAAAGCCGGUGGUGGCGGUGCGAUUUUGCCCACUGGUGUUUGAGGCGGAGGAUGGCCCGGAGGGAGAAGGGGGCCCCUUUGAGCUGCCCUACAAGAUGGUUCUGGCGGUGGCCACCCUGGACAGCAUCAUGCUGUGCGACACCAGCGGCCAGGCGCCGUUCGCCGUGCUGGGCUCGCUGCAUCCGGAUAGGGCGCCCAUCACUGACAUUGCCUGGUCCUGUGACGGCCGCUUCCUCGCCACCUCAUCCAUCGACGGGUUCUGCAGCGUCGCCGAGUUUGCAGAGGGGGACUUGGGGACCCCCCUGCAUGCGGACAGGACGCCUCCCCACAUCGCGGCGCUCCUGAAAGUCUCGGCAAAGGCGAUGGUGCCGGCUGUUCCUAAAGCGGCACCCGCAGCCACGCCAGUCGCAAAAACUCCAGCACCAGAGGCUCGUGCAGCCGAGCGACAGCCACUGGCCAAGACACCAAUUGCUACACCUCCAGGAGCACCGACGCCCCCUCCAGCAGCAAUUGCUCCAGAGGUUGCUCCAGCUGCAGUGGCCGCAGCGCCCUCUGCUCCACAGAGGCAGACGCCGGAGCCCACACCAGCGCCAAAGAGGGCCCUUGAAGCAGCUGUCCCAGCCCAAGGCACUGCUCCUGCAGGGGAGGUGCCCAAGGGCAGCGCUGUGAAGAAGCAGCGACGCAUCAUGCCCACAGCCGUCGUUGCCGUGCGAGAGGCAACCCCAGGCAAGGUGGAGGAUGGAGGCCCAGCGACUGCAGCGCCGCAGCCCUCGGCGCCAGCUCCCCUGAGCGCAUCAAAGCCCCCGGUGCCGCCCAAGCAGGCGGCGGCGCGGCCGAUCCACCCCUUCCUGCAGCCGCGCACCGGCGGCGCUGGCCCCAGCUUGCAGCAGCGCCUCGCGCUCGCCAGCACCUCCGGCCGGCCCUCCUCAGCCGGCGCCGACCUCGCUCCCAUGCAACAGCCGGCGCCAGGCAUGCACCCACCAAAUCUGCUCAUCUGGAAUCCCCAAGCAUCCGAUUACAGGCGAGCGCAGCCGGCGACCUCAGCAUCCGUGACAUCCACGUCAACAGUGCGCAAGGCACAGCGCGCAGAGAUGCGCCGCAUCGGUCUGGAGUCGCCCGCCGCCAGCAUGGGCCAGGCAACCUCCGGAGUGCGGCCGCCCACGCCCCGCCGCAUCCAUGCGCAGCUCAUCGGCAGCGGCAACCCCGUGCGCACGCAGAACUCCGGCGCCGCAAGCACAGCCGCCGCCGAUCCGGGUGAGGCCGUCAGCAGCGCUGCUGUCGCCACGAGCGCCACCCAGAAGCCGAGUGUGGAUGGCACCGGUCAGCAGAUGACGAUGGGAGGGCAAAGUGGUAUGGGUGCCAGAGGCGGGCUGCAGCAGAAGGAGAGGGAUGGGGCGGAGUGGUGCCAUCUGGAGGACUCGAUGGAUUCGCACGAUGUGGCGCCGGUCGUCAAGGCCGGCCCCCGCCGGGUGCAAGCGCAGCGCGUGCUCAGCGAUGAUGAUUGA